AUGUUAUUUACAUUUGUUUUUAAAUUAAUGUUUCAGCAAAAAAAAAUGUCAUCCUAUGUAGGGUUUGCUAAUCUCCCUAAUCAAGUUCAUCGAAAAACUGUUAAAAGAGGUUUUGAGUUCACUUUAAUGGUGGUAGGAGAGUCUGGUUUAGGCAAGUCAACCUUAGUUAACAGCUUGUUUUUGACAGAUUUAUAUGCAGAUAAAAUAAGGAAAACAGCUAAUGAACGUGUGAAAAGUACCCUUGAAAUUAAAACAUCCUCUGUAGAAAUAGAAGAACGUGGUGUGAAGCUUAAAUUAACAGUAGUUGACACUCCAGGUUUUGCUGACAGUAUCGAUUGCACAGAAAGUUUUAUACCAAUAAAAGAUUAUAUUGAGCAGCAGUUUGAGAAUUAUUUGAAUGAUGAAUCUGGUUUGAAUCGAAGAAAUAUUACUGAUAAUCGUGUUCACUGUUGCUUUUAUUUUAUCAAUCCAUCAGGACAUGGAUUACGUCCUGUAGAUAUAAAGUUUAUGCAGUUGCUUCAUGAACGUGUGAACAUAGUUCCUGUAAUAGGUAAAGCAGACACUCUAACAAAAAAUGAAUUAUUAGCAUUGAAAUCAAAGGUUAUAUCUGAAAUUCGUGAAAGGAAAAUAAAGAUAUAUAAUUUCCCAGAUUGUGACGAAGACGAAGAAGAUGAAGAAUUUAAACAGCUUGCAAAAGAACUAAAAAUGGCAGUACCCUACGCUGUGGUGGGAAGUAACUGUAUGGUUGAUAUUAAAGGAAAGAAGGUCAGAGGGAGGCAAUAUCCUUGGGGCGUUGUCGAAAUUGAAAAUCCUGCUCACAGUGACUUUGUUAAGUUAAGAACAAUGCUCAUUACGUACAUGCAAGAUUUGAAAGAGGUUACUCAAGAUUACCAUUAUGAAAAUUACCGUGCCCAACGACUUAGUACACCUCCAGGAACUCCGGGAUCCAAGCCAAAGCGAGUUUCAUCUGAAAUGCAUGAUGCUAAUGAUGGCUCAGCUGAAGACAAGGACCAAAUGCUUAAAGCAAAAGAACUUGAGCUUCGACGUAUGCAAGAAAUGAUUGAGAAGAUGCAGUUACAAAUGAAGCAAGGCAAAUGAUAAAUUGCUGUUUACUUUUUUUGUAAAGCGAAUUGCAUUGCAAAUUUCUAUAAAUAACGGUUAAUUUUUUAGAAUUUUUCUACUCAAAACUUUUUUUUUAAAAAAAUUGUAUUCUUUUUGUUUAGUGUUUAUAUACUAUAUAUUUAGUGUUUAUUUAUUUCAAAUCACAUAUAUAUCAGAAUGUAUUGGUUCAAAUACGCAAACAUGCUAACUGCUUACUUUGCGCUUUUUCUUUGGUUCAUUGUUAUUUUAACGUUGUUUUUUUUUUGUUUUUUUUUGUUUUUUUUCAUAGCUUUAGAUUUAUUCGACAUUUAUAACAUUACAAUUUUUAGGUUUUUAUAAUGUUUUGUAUAAAUAAAAUGUUUUUUUUAAUUUACAAACGCUUUUGAUAAAUUCCUAUACAUUGCUACUGUUAUGAUUUCUGAAAAAAUUUUGUAAAUAUAUUUACUAUGAAGAUUUUUUAUAUUAAUAUUGAAA